AUGUCAGAUUCAGUCACAGUCGAAUACAAUGGCAAAAUUGCUGUAAUCACAAUCGAUAAUCAGAAGAAGCUCAAUGCUUUAAAUCAAGAUGAAUAUUACCAGCUGGCUAAGUAUAUGAGGGAGGUAGCAACACAUGAUGAGGUAUUUGUAACAGUGUUAACAGGGAAAGGACGAUUCUUUUCUGCAGGAGCAGAUGUAGGCAUAAGCAGAGACCAACCAGAUGGCACUGAUUUAGCCCGGCAUUGGCUGAAGAAUUUCGUAGCCAAUAAUCUCAACAUCACACACGCCUUCUACACGCAUCCUAAAAUCCUAGUCACCGCACUCAACGGGCCUGCGAUUGGGCUCUCCGCUGCCCUAAUUGCAUUCUCCGACUUCAUCUAUUGCGUUCCUCACACUUUUCUUCUCACUCCCUUCUCCAGUCUUGGAUUGGUCGCUGAAGGAGGAGCUUCGAGGGCCUUUGUCCAACGGCUUGGUAUCAGCAAAGCGAAUGAGGCACUCAUUAUGAGUAAGCGAAUAACUUCAGAGGAAUUGUUGCAAACCGGUUUCGUCAACAAGAUAUUCGAAUGCGGCAAGGGCGAUGACGAGAAGUUCCGUAAACUAGUAUUUGAGGAAAUCGAGGAUAGACUAGGUGAUCAUCUCAUUGGAGAUAGCUUGACUAAAAUCAAGGCGCUGAUCAGGAAGCCGGAUAGAGAUAUCUUAGACGCGCAAGGUGUUGCAGAGGUCUUCGGAGGCCUGGAAAGGUUUAAUGCCGGGAUUCCACAGGAGCAAUUUAGGAGGAUUGCAAGUGGGGAAAAGAAGCAUAAACUAUAA